AUGUCAACAAAUUCAACAAAUCCAUCUGCCCCAUACAACGAUGGUGAUGUUGCGUAUGUAUUAGUUAGUACUGCGUUAGUAUGGCUUAUGAUACCGGGUGUCGGUUACUUUUAUAGUGGAAUGGCACGUAGCAAAAAUGCAUUGUCACUUAUCAUGUUAAGUGUUUUGUCAAUUGCUGUUGUUUCAUUUCAGUGGUGGCUUUGGGGUUAUAGUUUAACAUUCAGCAAAGGCGGUGGUAAAUACAUUGGCAAUUUGGAUAACGCUUUCCUCAGAGGCGUCAGAGAUGAUCCAUCAGUCGGUAGUUCUGGAAUUCCAGAUCUUGUGUUUGCUAUCUAUCAAUGUAUGUUCGCCGCUAUCACCCCAGCUCUGGCAAUCGGUUCAGCAGCAGAACGUGGCAGACUUCUACCGGCAAUUUUAUUUAUCUUUAUUUGGUCAACUGUCGUCUAUGAUCCAAUCGCAUGUUGGACUUGGUCCACAAAUGGAUGGUCUCAUGUGAUGGGUGGUCUUGACUUUGCCGGUGGUACGCCCGUCCAUAUUUCAUCUGGUGCUGCUGCACUGGCCUAUUGUCUUGUUGUCGGAAAACGUCAUGGACAUGGAACAGACGAAUUCAAACCACACAACAUCGCUAAUGUUGUAUUAGGAGCUUGUUUACUUUGGUUUGGAUGGUUCGGUUUCAAUGGUGGUUCUGCAUUAGCUGGAAAUCUUCGUGCUGCUAUGGCCUGUGUCGUUACAAAUUUGGCAGCUGCGGUUGGUGGUCUAACUUGGAUGUUGCUAGAUUAUCGACUUGAGCGUAAAUUAUCUGCACUCGGUUUCUGCUCAGGCGCAGUUGCUGGCUUGGUCGCAAUCACUCCUGGCUCCGGUUUCGUCGGUUCUCCAGCUGCGGUUGCAUUCGGUGUUAUCGGUGGUAUUGCGUGUAAUAUUGCCGUAAAACUCAAGCAUUGGUUAGAUUACGAUGACGCUCUUGAUGUGUUCGCGGUUCACGGUGUUGGUGGUAUUGUUGGAAAUAUAUUAACGGGCAUCUUUGCACAAAAUUCAAUCCUUGUUCUUGAUGGUACUCCCGCUGCUCCCGAUGGCUUAGGUUGGUUGGACGGUCAUUGGAUCCAAAUAGGAUACCAACUUGCCGAUUCAGUAGCCGGAGCAAGUUAUUCUUUCGUAGUCACCCUCGUAAUAUUAUAUAUUAUGGAUAAAAUCCCAUACUGCUCUCUUCGCGCUGAUCAAGAAGCCGAAGAAAAAGGAUUGGAUGAAGCUGAAUUGGGUGAAUUGGCUUAUUAUCACGUGGACAGAUUAAUCACUGUUAAUACAAGAACUGGAGAAACCAAAACUAUCAAAGAGGAAACCAUUCAUCAACAAAAUGAUACAAAUGUAACAAUCGUGUAG